AUGGCUCUAUUCAAAUUUCGGGUCUACUUUGAGCAUGGGUCUCCUUUGAGCAUCAUCGCACUGCUCUCGGUACCGGAGAGUCUAGCCCUCGAAUCUCCUGGCGGUUCCAAGAAAAUGCGUCGGAUUGGGAGCAGAGCACACCAAGAACCAGAUAUUGUUCAUGUCAGUUCUACCGACUCGGUCCUAAACCCCUGGCCUGAUUCUUCGUUAGAAUCCGGUGAGGAGACUACAAACGCGAAGGACCGGCAGAAUGCCGCAGCCAUUGUGUCUGAUCGGCCGACAGAAGUCAACGAAACCCAUCAUCCGAUCUUGUUCCGGGAAGAUUUUAAAUUGGAUCAGUCGUACAAUUCUGCACGGCUGUAUAUCACAGCAUUAGGAUUGUACGAUGCCCGAAUUAAUGGAAAGCGUGUUGGACACCAUGUCCUGACCCUCGGUUGGCAAACUUAUAUCCAUCGUCAUGAAUACAAUACCUACGACGUGACAGAUCUCUUGUAG